UGUGAUGCCAUAAUCCUCCCGGCUAACGGCGUCUUGUCUUUCGCCAGCGGCGCCAUCUUGACCCUUGCCGCCGACACCGUCUUCAAACCCGCCUGCAGCAGCGUGGUGGCUGAACCGGCCAUUAUCGCAAACGGAGGCGUGAACAUAGAUCAGACUACCUCGUCUUCGGAUCCUCAAUUUUCUGACUUCCGUGACCCUUUCUACGCCUCGACCUUUCCACAAUGCUACGCCCUGGCCGCGACAACCAUCAUCUCUUAUAUGCUCGUCAUCAUGCUACUCAUUGCGCCUAGGUCUUUCCUUGACGGUGGAGUUGUUGUCCUCGGCCGACGUGGCUUUACGAAUGGGCACUCGAACGGCAUCAGUAUCGGAGGACGCCCGUGGCUCCAGAAGGUCGCGGCGCUGACCGUGGCAAUUUCACUGACCAUCGCCACCGCCGACACCUUCCGCGUAGCUGAGGACCAGUAUGCUUGGGGCAUUCAAAACGCCGAAGCGCUCCAAGAUGAGGUGUUAGGCGGGACUCAGCUGAAGGUUAUCCGGCUCAUUUCCGACACCUUUCUCUGGCUGGCCCAGGCUCAGACCUUGAUACGCCUAUUCCCGCGCCAGCGGGAAAAGGUCAUUAUCAAAUGGACAGCAUUCUCUCUCAUCACGUUAGACGUCAUCUUCGGGGCCCUUAACAGCUUCCAAUACAGUGGGCCGGGCAACACAAGACCUCGGAGCUUCACUGAUGCCGUUCCGGCUCUGAGCUACCUUUUCCAACUCUCUCUCGGACUCCUGUAUGCGGCAUGGGUGCUAUACUACUCGCUCAUGAAAAAACGAUACGCGUUUUAUCACCCUCUGAUGAAGAACAUUUGCCUCGUGGCCUGUCUUUCUGUUAUUUCCAUUCUGGUUCCCGUUGUCUUUUUCAUCCUGGACAUAUCGAAGCCGGAAUUCACCGGGUGGGGCGACUAUGUGCGUUGGGUUGGUGCGGCGGCAGCAAGUGUGGUGGUAUGGGAGUGGGUAGAACGCAUCGAGGCAUUGGAACGAGAAGAAAAGAAGGAUGGGAUUCUAGGUCGCGAAGUAUUUGAUGGCGACGAGAUGAUGGAGGCUUCGUCCACUGAUUUCUCAUGGCCUCGGCGAAGAAAAACAAAGAAGAAGGGGGAGGACGAGGAUGGCGGAGAAAGCGGCGGUCGACCAAGCGAUCGCGGUCCACCGUCCAGGGGGCGAAGCAAAAUUUGGCCUGCCAUGUCCUCAAUUACGAGUCGAUAUAUGUCGAGAUCGGUCAGCCAUUCAAAUUCUCACCAAAAGUCGACGAUUCCAGCUACAACGGCGGGCAGAUCGCCCAGUCGGUUCUUACAGCCACCACUAUGGCCAUCUCGUCCCCCCCCGGCAGUCACCCCAAUAAGCCGGGCGGACACAGCUAGCGCUGACAGCACAGUGUAUGCUGUCCGAUAUGCGCCGCUUACCGAGACCGCAUCGCGGACUACAGAUGACAGGGCUGAACAACCUUUAUCACGGAGCAAUAGCAGUGCUUCGUCUGAGCCCGACGGUAGACCAUCCAAUUCGUCUCUGGCAAGAGCACCAUCGCCCGAUCGAUCUCCGACCACGGAACCUGAAGCAGAUCACAGGGCAUGGCGUGCAGUGUACAAGUUUGCCAGCUUUCGCAGCAGUGCGCACGCUCCACCUGCUGAAGUUUUACCGCAUGCUCAGAAAUUACAACCUUCCCACCGUGACUUUGAGGGUGGCCGAUGGGACAUCAGAAGCCGUUUCGAAGACUUCGCAGCCAUACAGGCGGAGAGGAUGCGGGAGAAGAUGCGACCAACACCGGACACGGAAAGUUUGCCGGUCACCGUCAUACCAGCUCCGCCUCGACGAGGUGCGGCACUAGCCCAGCUUCUCGAGGAAGAA